ACUAUAUAACCCUGUGAUCUGAGAGGAGAAGAGCAGGACAGGAGCACCAGCGAGGUGAAAAGCAACAGGAGACGAGACAGAAAAUGGCCAAACUAGUGAGAUCGUGGAUGAUGUUUGCAGCGCUCGUCGCCUGCCUCCUGGUGUGUUUGAGCAGUUUCGCGGACGCCUAUCCCCCCAAACCGGAGAGCCCCGGCAACAACGCCUCUCCGGAGGAGUGGGCCAAAUACAACGCCGCCGUGCGGCAUUAUGUCAACCUCAUCACCCGACAGAGGUACGGGAAGAGAUCCUCUCCCGAAAAAGCGGCGGCUUGGUUGUUAUUUGGCGCAGAUUCAACCCAGGACACGGAGCCACGUUCGGACUAUGUCGAUUCAUGGUAAACAAGAGUGAUGUUAACUCCAACGCUUGGCAAAUCCGUCCAAUCCUCCUCUACACCCCUGAACCAAAAGCACACCCAAGAGACAACCUGCACUGGACACUGGACUGAUUCUAUGUACUUAAUCAUUUUAAUGUGCAUGAAGAUCACUUUCUUGUUCUCUCUCUUUUUGUCUGUUUCUGUCAGUAAAUGUAUUUGAUCUUUCACCAAAACAAUGUAAAUAAUUUGUAUCCCCAAAAAGAAAAUUCUCUUUGCAAUAAAGAUUUAGUGGAAUAGAAAUUCA